GGCGCGUCUCCGCCGAGGGACAAGGACCUCGCCCCCAAGGACCUCCGAAGAGGCGGGAUCUCUCCGGGAAGGGGAAGCAGGAUUGUGUUGUGUGGCUUGAAGAUGAGGCAGGUAUUUGGAGUGGCGCUCCUCCUGGGGCUGAUGGCUCUCCCAGCGGCGCUGGGACAGAGAAGCUCGGAAAGCCAUAAAAAUAGCAGCCAAAGCUUUGCCAUCGUCUCUUUCAAAUGGGAGCACGUCAAGGAGCCGUAUAUCAUUGCACUCUGGAUACUUGUGGCCAGCUUGGCCAAAAUCGUUUUCCACUUGUCCCACAAAGUCACUCGGGUGGUUCCAGAAAGUGCUCUGCUGAUUGUCCUCGGUAUUUUCCUCGGUGGCAUUGUAUUGGCAGCAGAUCACAUUGCCUCCUUCUCCUUGACACCAACUGUAUUUUUCUUCUACUUGCUGCCUCCCAUUGUUUUGGAUGCUGGAUAUUUUAUGCCAAAUAGACUCUUCUUUGGAAAUCUUGGCUCCAUCCUUUUGUAUGCUGUCAUUGGGACAGUAUGGAAUGCUGCCACAACAGGUUUAUCUCUCUACGGUGUCUACCUGACAGGAAUAAUGGGUGAAAUGCAGUCUGGGCUGCUGGAUUUCCUCCUCUUUGGCAGCUUAAUUGCCGCUGUGGAUCCUGUAGCUGUUCUGGCAGUGUUUGAAGAAGUUCAUGUCAAUGAAGUUCUAUUCAUCAUUGUUUUUGGAGAAUCACUUCUGAAUGAUGCUGUAACUGUGGUGCUGUACAACGUGUUUGACUCUUUUGUUGCAAUAGGUGCUGCGAAUGUGACGGGGAUUGAAUGUCUCAAAGGCAUAGUGUCCUUCUUUGUGGUGAGCCUUGGUGGGACACUGGUUGGCAUUUUCUUUGCGUUCCUGCUCUCCCUGGUCAGUCGUUUCACCAAGCACGUGAGGAUCAUUGAACCUGGAUUUGUGUUUGUCAUUUCCUACCUGUCCUACCUCACAGCAGAGAUGCUUUCACUUUCUGCCAUCUUAGCGAUAACCUUCUGUGGCAUUUGCUGUCAGAAAUAUGUCAAGGCUAACAUAUCUGAACAGUCUUCUACAACUGUAAGAUAUACUAUGAAAAUGCUGGCCAGUGGAGCAGAAACUAUUAUCUUCAUGUUCCUGGGUAUUUCAGCUGUGGAUCCAAACAUCUGGACUUGGAAUACAGCUUUUAUUCUGUUGACUCUGGUCUUCAUCUCAGUAUACAGAGUUAUUGGUGUCAUUAUACAGACGUGGAUUCUUAACCGCUACAGAACUGUCCAGCUGGAGAUAAUAGACCAGGUGGUGAUGUCCUAUGGUGGACUACGAGGAGCAGUUGCUUUUGCUCUUGUUGCACUUCUGGAUGGGAAUAAAGUGAAAGACAGAAACCUGUUUGUCAGCACAACAAUAAUUGUUGUGUUUUUUACUGUUAUAUUCCAGGGACUGACUAUCAAACCUUUGGUGCAGUGGCUGAAAGUGAAAAAAACUGAACACAGAGAGCCAAAACUGAAUGAGAAACUUCAUGGCAGAGCCUUUGAUCACAUCCUUUCUGCUAUAGAAGACAUUUCUGGACAAAUAGGGCAUCAUUAUCUGAGAGACAAGUGGUCCAAUUUUGAUAGGAAAUUCCUCAGAAAAAUACUGAUGAGAAGGUCUGCUCAAAAAUCAAGAGACCAAAUCCUUAAUGUUUUCCAUGAGCUCAACCUGAAGGAUGCAAUUAGCUAUGUGGCUGAGGGAGAACGUAGAGGUUCACUGGCGUUUAUACGUUCUCCAAGUACAGACAACAUGGUAAAUGUGGAUUUCAGCACUCCACUCCCAAGCACUGUGGAAAGCUCUGUCUCGUAUUUAUUGAGAGAAAAAGCUGGACCUGUUUGCCUUGACAUGCAAGCUUUAGAGCAGAGGAGGAAAAGUAUCCGGGACACAGAAGAUACCCUGGCUCAUCACACCCUACAACAGUACCUGUAUAAACCCAGGCAGGAGCACAAACACCUGUACAGUCGACAUGAGAUCAUGCACAGUGAAGAUGACAAACAAGACAAGGAGAUUUUCCAUAGGACAAUGAGGAAGCGCUUAGAAUCUUUCAAGAGUACCAAACUAGGAAUAAACCAUUCCAAGAAGCUCAAUAAAAUCCACAAACGAGACCGGGGCCAAAAAAGGAGAAAUAGCAGUGUCAUACCAAAUGGAAACAUUCCUCCAGAAAAUCCAGUACAAGAUUUUACUUUGAAGGAAAAAGAUUUGGAGUUUUCUGAGUCAGAAGAAAAUAAUGAUUAUGAGACUUUGCAUCUAGGCAAAGGAGUUGAUUUCCUGGCUAAUGUGACGAAACAAAAUUUCACAGAUACUCCUGCUGGAAUUGAUAACCCAGUAUUUUCAGCUGACGAUGACCAAAGCGUCUACAUGAAGUUCUCACCAUGGUUAUCUAGUGAAGACACUGUGGUACCAUCACAAAGGGCCCGAGUGCAGAUCCCAUACUCUCCAGACAACUUCAGACGGCUCACUCCAAUCCGGCUCAGCAAUAAAUCAACAGAUUCCUUCCUGCUAGCAGAUGGCCCAGAGGACCGACCCAGAUCUUUUCUCCCAGAAUCAACACAUAUGUGAUAUGGACCAUGACGUUGAAAUGACAGAAUACUCCUCUUCAGAUGAUCAACUAAACCAAAAUGGAAGUGUUUCAGUGAAUCCCCUCCACUUCUUCCCCUCUUGUCUUCAAAUGCCUUGGACACAAAACUAUUCUUCGUUGGAAAACAGAGGGAAUAUAUCUCUUUCUGCUGUCUCUGAGUACAUUGCUUCCUGUGACCCAAAUGUACCUGAUCUUUUCUGGGAAUCAGGUACAGAUAUGAAUAACAAAGAGACAGUAAACUCAGGUUAUUGCUCUGAAGUUAGCUUCAAGUCAGAGAAUUCACAGGAAGAGAAUACUCUGCUUAUGUUUGAAGGGCUGGAAGACUCUUACAUAAAGGACCCCCAAGAGAAGAAAAUGUUGCUUGAUGUAGAAGGGAAUUACAGGUCUGCUGCAGCCAGACGUGUACAAAGCCGACGUUCUUUCCACAGGCCAAAACCUCUGCAUCACCCUAAGCUUCAGAAGCUGGCAUCUCUUCCAGCAUCUUGCCAUGUCCCUCCACAUUCCUUGGAACAGGAAGAAACACAGUUGUGAGCCAGGACUUAAUUGAAAGAAGAAGAUGAACAAAGGGCUUUUAUAAAAAUAGAGAGCAACCUAUUGGUUCAUGGGAUCUGCUCUAGGAUGGAUUCAGAUGGAAAGGGAGUGGGGUCCUGGAUGUCAGAAGCACUGGAGCUUUUCUGCUGCACUUACAUUUUUAAGUUCCUAUUCAUAAUGAAAGGGUGCAUAGUGAGAGGGAACUAUGACUCCUUGUUAUUUUUUCAUGUAGACUGUUACAAAUAUUCUAUUAUUUUUGGAGGGCUAAACCAUGAAUCUUUUCAAAUGGUAAAUCCUUGGUGUUUUUUUACAUGGAUAUGGUUUAUUAUGCCAUUAUGCCAUAAAUACAUUUAAAGGAAUAGGCUGCAUUUGCUGCUUCAGUAAUGGAAUUAAGUAUUUAUGCUAUAUGAAAUUAAAGUAGGAGAAGCCAACGGUUAGCCUCAUCCCUGCUAAGUCUACUCUGAUUGAAAUGGAUCAGUGCCUUUUACAAGUGCAAGCUAAAGAAAAAUAUUUUCCUGCUGUUGAAUAUUUGUGUCACUGAGUAAUUGUGGAAUAUUGACUCUUGUGUAAAACUUUCCAGGGAGAGGAAAGUCUUGGCAUCUUGAAAUUUAAUCCAGGACUUCAGGAGGGCCAUUUCCUUCCUUCACUUUCACUCCCUCAACUCAGUAGCACUGGAAUGAAAGAACAUCCAGAAUUAGCUCAGAAUUUUAAUUUGCGUGGUCACAAGCAAUUAAUUUCAUACUCUUAAUUAAGCUGCUGUAUUUUAAAUAGCCUCACUCAGACAGAAGUGUAAAUAUUUGUCAUUUUUACUGCUGCUUUGGAAGACACCUUCCAAAUACUGUUAGAUUAUCCUGUUAAUUUAUGUAUCACUUUCAAUAGCUGAUUGGGAUAGUGGUCUCUCAGAUGGUGUUCUGUAUUUUGCCACAUGGUUUAAGUGCCACAAAGACUCAGGAUGUUGAUGGAUCAAAGUACUGUACAGAGGCAGUUUGGCUACUGUGCAUGUAUAUACCUACUUGUAUUAGGAAUGUCCUCUUUUUUUUGUCAGUGGUUUUCUGUCAAACGAUAGUUAUGAUUGCACUAGUCACUUACUGCAUAUGAAUUAGACCUACAUCACCCUGAAGACAUCUGGAGACAUCAGUGAAAGCCAGAUGAAGAACAGUGAAAGUUCAGAUGAAGAACUAAAUAAAAGUGAAAACUCUGAGACCUGUCAUAGAUGUAUAAUACUACAUGCCUGGUAUGUAAUCCUCUGGCCAUUCAGCCUUAGGUGAUUCCAGUCCUGAAAUUUUGGCUUGAAAUCUUCAGUGGUAUAAACUGUAAAGGUUCUAUGACAUUAAUAGAGGGAGAGUGUUUUGCCACUUCUGUGAUGCUAAUGUGUUCCUACUUUCUAUUUGAUAUCAGUGUAAAACAUUUGUAAAUGAGCUGUCACCUUCAGGGAGGCAUGUGAAUUGUUUAAGACUGAAUUCUGGACAGUGGCUUUAUGUGGUAAA